AUGGCUUCUACAACUCCCACAUCCCCCGAAGCCAUAUCUGAAGCCACUUCCACUGGCACUACAGAUACAUCACCGUCUCCCUCUCAGGCUGAACUGUUAGGUGCUGCCGCCAUCUUGACUCUUCCGAGCCCAGAAAUUUCACUCAGGCAUCUACAAGUUGACAAGACACUGACUGACAUGAUCGUAGUCAAUUUACUCCCAGUUAGCAUAGUGAAAGAUAGAGGAUUUAGGCAAUUCUUAAAAGUUAUUGAUCAGAAGUAUACCCCUACCAGUCAACACACGAUCAUGCGUGAGAGUCUUUCGCGUCUUUACCAAUCUAAAAAAGAAGAAUUAAUCAACAAAAUGGAAGAAAUAUCUUGGUGCUCUUUUACUACUGACUUAUGGACCUCUAACACCACCAUGGGGUACAUUACAGUAACAUGCCAUUUUAUAAAUGUAAAUUGGGAGAUGGAAUCAUCAGUACUAACAACAGCUCAUGUGCCAGAGUCUCAUACCAGCGAAUAUCUUGCAACAGAGCUAAGGAGGAUAGCAGAUGAUUCGAAAAUAUCCACCAAAAUUCACUGCGGCAUAACAGAUGGUGCCAGCAAUAUCAAAGGCAAAGUGAGGAUAAACCAGUGGAAUAAUUUAGUGUGUUUUGCUCAUACCCUCAACCUGGUUGUUACAUGUGCAACUGAAAAAAUUAAUGAAGUUCGAGAAAUUAUUGAUCAAGUGAAAAAUGUCGUGAGCUUUUUCCAUAAAAGCACCAAAGCAUCAGAAAAGCUGAGACAAAUUCAGACCACCUUUUUGCUAUAA